AUGAUAUUAAGGAGGGCAUUUGUGUUCACAUACCCAUGCCCUCGAAAAAUGAGAGAAAUCGUUAAACUUUCGCUUAUUGAGAAGGAAGAGCCUUCAGAAAUCAAAAGAAUAUGAAAUGAAUAUCACCUAAAUCGUCCAAAUAAUGUGUCUACAGUAAUUACAGCUCAUCAAUAUGAUUUACUUUUGAGAAGAACCAAGGCUUCACCGAUUUUUAUUUUCCCGCUGAAGAGAAAAGCGGGCCACUUUGUUUUAGUUUCACAAGCACAAGAAAAAUCUAAUUUAUUGACGUAUUUAGAAGAUUUUAAGAAAAAUCCAGCCACAGCAACUCCUUACUUUGUAUUGACACUAUUUGACGAGCUUUUGGCAAAGAAAGGAAUAGUUCCAGUAAGAGGUGAUAUUGUGGACUUUUUAAUUGCAAAGCCUGAGGCUGAACUCUUGUUAAAAGCAUUUUUAGCACAUUAUAUAGAAGGAGGAUUAUACGAAGAAACAGUGCAAAUUUUUAAUCAUGACCCCAAUAAUUUCAAUCAUCAAAAAUACGUUGAUAAUUUCUUUACCCCUCUCUUUAAAUUUGAGUCAAAAUCUGCUUUAAUUUAAGGGCCUUAUCUUUUUGAAAAGAAAUUAUUAGAAUUUCUAUCGAAAAAUAAUUACAUAAAUUCUUUCAAAUAAAUUACAUACAAAAAUUUUUAAUUUAUUUUUAUGAAAAAUUUGCUUCUAAAAUUAAUUGAUUCAGGGCGCUAAUUAAUUUCUAUAAAAAUUAUUAAUUUUUACUAACUCCCCCCCCCCCCCCCGUGAGCGAACAAAAAAAUUUUGUUCGCUCACGGAGGGGGGGUUAAUUUUUUUUUUUUAAAAAAAAUUUAUAUAUAAAUUUUAUAAAAAAUAUUUUUUUCGAAAUUUAAAAAAAUCCUAAUUUGCAAAAAUUGGGAAGCAAAUAUUAAUUUAAUUUGCAAAAUUUAUGUUUUAAAAAACGCAUUUUGUUUAAAAUUAAACAGAAUUAGCUCUAGAUUUCAUUAUACUAAUUAUCACUUAUAUAUCAAAAAUUUUUUUCCAUUAAAAUUUUUUCUAUUAAAAAAAUUUUUGUUCGCUCACGGAGGGUGGGUUUUUGGUCAAAAAAUGGCGAUUUUUCUAAUGGUUUUGUUCGCUCACGGAGGGGGGGGGGGAGUAAAUAAAGAUUUAUUUACCCCAAAAAUGUAAAUAUUAAUAUAUUUUGUUCCAAUUUUGAAGGGAGAGUUAAUAGAUUUUCAACACAAUAA